AAAUUUAAGUACCACAAGAUAAAGGAGAAAUAAAAAAAACAAGUAAAUAAAACCGUUAGAAGACCGAGUAAAAAAUAAGCCAAAACCGUCCAAAAAAGUACUUCGUAUUUGUUUUGAUAACGCUUGGUCACAAAAUAAAAAAUGGCGUUAGGGAGGCCAAAUCGUGCUAUGCCUAGUCGACGCAAUAGUGUUGCCAGUAAUUUUAUGGAUGGUGGUGUACAUGAAAACGAUAGUGGCAGAGAAUUAUUUGAAGCAUGUCGUACAGGAGAUGUUAUACGUGUUCGUUACCUUAUACAAAACAAUUGGGAUGUAAAUAUGAGAGAUACUGCUGGAAGAAAGUCAACACCAUUGCAUUUUGCUGCUGGUUUUGGGCGUAAAGACAUUGUGGAGUAUUUAUUAGAUGCUGGUGCCGAUGUCCAUGCUAGAGAUGAUGGUGGUUUAAUUCCUUUACAUAAUGCAUGCUCUUUUGGUCAUGUUGAAGUAACAUUAUCUUUAUUAAGACAUCAUGCUGACGUAAAUGCAAGGGAUAAUUGGAACUUUACUCCGUUACAUGAGGCAGCUAUCAAAGGAAAAGUUGAAGUUUGUAUUGCGUUGCUGCAACAUGGUGCAGAUCCUUUAAUUCGAAAUACAGACGGAAAGACUGCUAGAGACUUAGCUGAGGCAACUGCAAAAGCUGUAUUAACAGGUGAAUACAAGAAGGAAGAAUUGCUAGACAGUGCUAGGUCUGGGUGUGAAGAAAAAAUGUUGUCUCUUAUAACUUCACUUAAUGUUAAUUGUCAUGCUGGAGACGGUCGUAAAUCCACUCCACUUCAUUUAGCUGCUGGUUAUAAUCGUACAAGAAUUGUUGAAAUACUUCUCAAACAUGGGGCUGAUGUUCAUGCUAAAGACAAAGGAGGUCUUGUUCCAUUGCAUAAUGCAUGUUCAUAUGGACAUUAUGAAGUAACAGAGCUGCUUGUUAAGCAUGGUGCAAGUGUUAAUGCAAUGGAUUUAUGGCAGUUUACACCCUUGCAUGAAGCUGCUUCCAAAAUGAGAAUAGAGGUCUGCACUUUGCUUUUAAGUUAUGGAGCUGAUCCAACUGUGUUAAACUGUCAUUCAAAAACUGCCAUCGAUGUAGCUCCUGUACAAGAAUUGAAGGAUAAACUGCUUUAUGAGUAUAGAGGUCAUACAUAUCUUGAAGCUGUAAAAUCUUCAGAUUUGAGUAAAAUAAAAAGAAUCAUAGCACCAGAUUUAGUUAAUUUUGUUCAUCCAUUAACCCUUAAUUCUGCAUUGCAUGUAUGUGCACUUUCAACCUCAGCAAAGCGUGAUCGCGUUGCAGACUUUUUAAUAAAGAAAGGUUGCAAUAUGAAUUUUUGUAAUAAACAAAAAUUGACACCAUUACAUUUGUGUGCUGGUAAUGACAAUGUUGUCGUUACUGAAAUUCUUAUAAAAGCAGGGGCUGAUUGCAAUAUUGUUAAUGAAUCUUUGCAAAGUCCACUCCAUAUUGCAGCGCAAUCAGGUCAUGCUCAUAUUUGCUACAUUUUGCUAAUGAAUGGAGCUGAUCCAACUAUUCGCAAUUCUAGUGGAUAUACACCUGCUCAAGUUGGCACUGAAUCGGUGCAAAAAAUUUUCCAAGCAAGACUUGAACCGAUGUUAAAAGAUGUUGAUAUUAACCUUUUGGAAGCUUCUAAAACUGGAGAUUUUGAAUUGAUUCAGUCACUUUGCACACCUCAAAAUGUAAAUUGUAGAGAUGUUGCAGGUAGAAUGAGUACUCCUCUUCAUUUUGCUAGCGGUUAUAAUCGUAUGGACAUUGUUGAGCAUUUGCUGAGGUGUGGAGCAGAUGUACAUGCAAAAGAUAAAGGGGGUUUAGUUCCAUUGCAUAAUGCAUGUUCCUAUGGUCAUUUUGAAAUUGCUGAAAUUCUUGUUAGGCAUGGUGCUAAUGUCAAUGCAGCUGACUAUUGGAAGUUCACACCAUUGCAUGAGGCUGCUGCCAAAGGAAAGUUUGAUAUAUGCAAACUUCUUUUAAAGCAUGGGGCUGAUCCAAAAAAGAAAAAUCAUGAGGGUUAUACACCACUAGACUUAGUAAAAGAAGGUUUUCCAGAUGUUGCUGACCUUUUGCGUGGUGAUGCUGCUCUUUUGGAAGCUGCUAAAAAAGGAAAUUUAGCUAAGGUUAUGAAACUUGUGACUCAUCAAAAUAUUAAUUGCCGAGAUACACUGGGGAGAAAUUCAACACCGUUGCAUUUAGCAGCUGGAUAUAAUCAUGUGGAAGUUGCUGAAUACUUGCUUGAAUUUGGGGCUGAUGUAAAUGCUCAAGAUAAAGGAGGUCUUAUUCCUCUACAUAAUGCAUCUUCAUAUGGACAUGUUGAUAUUGCAGCUCUUUUGAUUAAGUACAAGGCUGAUGUAAAUGCUACCGAUCGUUGGUUGUUUACACCAUUACACGAAGCUGCCCAAAAAGGCAGAACUCAACUCUGUGCAUUACUAUUGACUCAUGGUGCAAAUGCCAAUAUGAAAAAUCAAGAAGGUCAAACUCCAAUUGAUCUUGCCACAGCUGAUGAUGUGCAGGUCUUAUUGCAAGAUUCUAUGGUUUCAAAAUCAGAAGUCAUGCAAAUUACUUCAAACACUUGUUCCAUUAAAUCGCCUAUCAACUCACCACAAGUGUUGCCUAUUUCUAAUGAUUUGUCUCCUCAGCUUGAGCCACAAGGGCUGACUAAACCAUCAACAGCAAAUCAAAAUUUACUUUUAUCAGAACCAUGCAAUUCAGAUGGUUUACAGACUAAACGUCUUAGAGAUCAAGCUGAAGGCACAAACCCUCUAGAUAUUGAUAUUGGAACAUUUUUAAGCAGCUUACAGUUAGAAUUUUUACAUGAAAUAUUUUCCAGAGAACAGAUAACUAUGGAUGUUCUAAUUGAAAUGGGCCCAGAUCAACUCAAAGAAAUUGGCAUUGUAGCAUAUGGUCAUAGACAUAAAAUUCUGAAAGGUGUAAAAGAAAGAUUGGCAGGUGCUGGAUGUACAAUUGUAGGUGAACCAUUUCUGUCUAAUAUCAAUGCAUCUGGACCUAAUACUAUCCUACAGGAACUUUCAAUGGAUGAAAAAGAUUAUCAAUCAGUUGCUGAAGAAAUGCAGUCAACAGUUGUUGAACAUAAAGAUGGCGGAGUAGCAGGAGGCAUUUUUUCUCGGUAUUCAAGCUUAAAAAUUGAGCGUGUUAUCAAUAAAAAGCUUUGGGAUAAAUAUUACUAUCAAAGAAAACAAGUGGCUGAUGCCAAUCACAACCAUCCUAAUGAGAGAAUGCUUUUCCAUGGAUCACCUUUUGUUAAUGCGAUUGUACAGAAAGGGUUUGAUGAACGGCAUGCAUAUAUUGGUGGUAUGUUUGGUGCUGGUAUAUAUUUUGCUGAGCAUUCAAGUAAAAGCAAUCAGUAUGUUUAUGGAAUCGGUGGAGGAAGUGGAUGCCCAGUGCACAAAGACAGGUCUUGUUAUGACUGUAAAAGACAAAUCAUUUUAUGCCGUGUCACUCUUGGAAAGCCAUUUUUUCAAAAUAGUGCAAUGAAAAUGGCACACGCCCCUCCAGGUCAUCAUUCUGUGAUUGGACGACCAAACUCGGGUGGAUUAUCAUACCCUGAGUAUGUUGUUUAUCGAGGGGAGCAGGCUUACCCAGAGUAUUUAAUUACCUACAAAAUUGAACGACCGAAUACAUUGAGUUCCUGUCAAUCGGCAGUAGAUUAAGUAAUGAAUUCUAAUCAACAAUUUAAUUCGAACAAUGAAAGAAAAGCAUUAUCGUGAAUUUUUUCAGUUCUUUUGAUGAAGUUUUGUUUACAUUUAAUUUGAACUGGUUUUUAUCGUAUUCUUUCCUGAAUUGAAUGUAUUGUUAGAAUGAGCUGUGAUGAAUGGAUAAAGUGUAAUAAUUUUUAAUGAAAUGUGAAGUUUCUUGAUAAAGUUAUUCACAUUAAAGAAGUUAUUAUAAAAAAAGGUUCACAAAACUAUUAGUUUCGAUGUUACGUUGGGUAUAUACUUUGGAGCUAAACAUAUUAUGACAAUGAAUGAACUAAGUAUAAUGUCGUGUUGCGAUGAUUUAAUUAACAUAGUAAAUCUUUAAUGGUAAUGAGUGUAAUGGUUAUAUAAUAAUAAAAAUGAAACUGAUGAACAGAUAAAAUAGGGUGAUGUAUAUAUAAUUUUGGUGCGUGUUUAUACGUGUUUACAAAAGACAAUAUUUUUAUAUUAUUUUUUUCAUAUAAAUAAAUAUGAAAACUUGAUGAUUAGA